AAUAGAUACAGGCCACUAGCAUAUCAAUGCAAACACUGCCCAGGGACAGGAGAGAAAGAGGGAGAGAAAGACAGAGAAGGAGAUAGAGUGGGCACCAUACAGCCACAUACACUCCACAUAAAGACAUUGAGACAAAUGCUAGGAAUCCAGAAACCACGCCAACGAGCCAGGUUUACAAAGACAAGGAUGGCCGCAGCGAUUUCUGCCCGUAUCUAGUGAAGCACACCUAACCGCUGAAGCCCACCUAAACACAACUCCACAGACCGGAGUCGACACAUUUUCCACCUGCUCAGCGUGUCCAGCUAAACCCACUCCCCUAGACCUGCUGUGUGGGACACAGACUGGGAGAAGGAGGAGAGAGGGGAAGAGGAAGACCAGCGGCAGGUCAGGAAAGAGACUUGAGCGGCGCCUCCGAGGAGCCAUGAGGACGGCCAGGCGGGCCAGCACCGUGGAGGUGCCCUCCUUCCUCCGCCAGCUGGCCAAGGAGACAGAGAAGAUGGUCACCUUCUUCUUUAAGGGGGGACAGAGAGAUGGCCAGGAGGGGAGCGAAGAGGACUCCAGUGAUGAGGAUAACGGGCCAAGUGUCUACCUGGACCGGCCCAUCCUGGAGAAACACGCGACCGAGGGAGGGUCUCAGUGGGGGUUGAACUAUGCAACGGCCAGCAUGCAGGGCUGGAGGGCACAGAUGGAGGACGCCCACGCCUGCAUGCCGGAGAUGGGAGGGGAGCUGGCGGAGUGGGGCUACUAUGCAGUGUUUGAUGGACACGCUGGCAACACGGUGGCACAGUACUGCUCCCGCAAUCUGCUGCAACACAUCCUCGCUACAGGGCGCGUAAAGGCAGAGGAGAACCCUGAUGACGUGAAGGAGGGGAUCAUCGAGGGCUUCCUGGCCAUUGACAGCCACAUGCACACGCUGACGCGCCAGGAAUGCUGGGAGCGCAGCGGCUCCACGGCGGCCGUCGUCAUGCUCUCGCCGCGGUACGUCUACUUCGUCAACUGCGGCGACUCGCGGACGCUCCUCUGCCGUGACGGCCACGUCAUCUUCUACACAGAGGACCACAAGCCUGUCAACCCCAGGGAGAAGGAGCGAAUACAGAACGCAGGUGGCUCGGUGACCCAGCAUAGGGUGAACGGCUCCCUGGCCAUGUCCAGGUCCCUGGGAGACUUUGACUUUAAGGAGGUGGAGUGGAGGUCCCAGACUGAGCAGCUGGUUUCCCCAGAGCCAGAGGUGUAUGAGCUGGAGAGGUCCCCACAAGACGAGUUCCUCAUAGUGGCUUGUGACGGCGUGUGGGACGCCAUCUGCAACGAGGAUCUGUGUGCAUUCGUCCGCAGCCGCCUGCAGGUGUGCAAUGACCUGAGGGAGAUCUGCAACCAGGUCAUUGACCUCUGCCUCUAUAAGGGUAGUUUGGACAACAUGAGCAUCAUCAUCGUGACCUUCCCUGGCGCACCCCAGGUUUCACAAGAGGCCCUACAACAAGAGGCCGAGCUAGAGACACUCCUCGAGGCCAAAGUGGAAGAGAUAGUACAUUUGCUAAGGUCGCAGGACAAGGACCCUGACCUGCUGUAUGUGAUGAAGUUUCUGGUCUCUGAGGACAUACCUGGCCUACCACCUGGGGGAGGAGUCACCAGCAAAAGAGACUGUGUCAUCUAUGCGUAUCAGAAGUUUGUAACGCCCUCCAGAUCUCUGGAACCAAUGGUAGGGGACGACCAAACAUAGGUCACACACUCUUGCACCAUGUCUCGCUAAACACAUCAGUGCAAACUGGACUACAAAGUAACUAAGUUACUGUUUUUCACUGACACAUCAUUGACUUGUCACAUUCCAGGACAUCGGAGGAUCUGAAGAGUCCAACUAGUCGUUUCCAUGUAAAUGUAUUCUUUAGCCUCACGUAUCCAUGGUGACCAAUUCCAACUGGGGACUCUUUUCAGCUGAGGAAUCAGCCAAUGGCUAAAUAAAGAAAUAUGGUGGGAGGGGGUUUGACCUGGGCCUGCCCUUAGCCAAUCAUCUCUUCUCUGUUCCUCAUGUACACUGUCUAUCAACAAUUCUACUGUAUCUUUAGAAAAUAUCAAAUAGUUGGCAUUUUCCAGGAAGGGAAGAAUUACAUAUUCCAAACCUAUUCUUUAAAAUGCAUGACAAUUAGAUAUAAUAUUUUCUAACAACACUUUACAGUGCCUGAGUAGAUCUGGUUACUUUUCUUGAAGACUAGAAGCUUGUGAAUAAGGCUGAUCAUGUUAUUUCAUUUAAAAGCUAAUUGAUAUGUUUAAGCGGUGCGCAACUCCAUACUACAGCUGUAAAUCAAGUUGACCAAACACCCCUUCAACCAUCGCAGACCAGCGAAGGCUCCAAUAUGGAUGUGUCCUGUGAUGGCAUGGCCUACACUAAAUAAUUUGCAGAAUCCUGUGAGGGAACAUAGGUGACAUGAAUAGAUGUGUGUGUGUGUGUGUGUGUGUGUGUGUGUGUGUGUGUGUGUGUGUGUGUGUGUGUGUGUGUGUGUGUGUGUGUGUGUGUGUGUGUGUGCGUGUGUGCGUGUGUGCGUGUGUGUGUGUGUGUGUGUGUGUGUGUGUGUGUGUGUGUGUGUGUGUGUGUGUGUGUGAGAGAGAGAACGAGCAGAGGAUAACAUGGGGUGUGGGAUUAUUGGCACACAUACUGUACCCCAUAAAAUGUAACCUUUUUGCAGUUUAAAGCACAGAUGCUCACAGCUAGACAUGAUUUAGACCAGUGUGAUGCGUAAAGUAGUACAGCUAUAGGUAAAUCGCUUUGCUGUUUGCAUGUUUUCGUUUCAAUACAUGUCGUUGUGCUGCCUUUACAAAGCUCUCUGUAUUUGUACGGUUAAUUGAUUCCUCCUUUGGAUCAUACCAAACGGAUGAACAUAGUAACUGUAUUCCAUGACAGAGGUCAAAAUGAGCUAGACUAUAGAUCAAACACCGCUGCAGCAUGUCUGUUUGAAUUCUAUGAAAUCAGGAGGAAAUAGGAUCCAAGACCAUUCGACAGCACAACUGGUUACCAUGAGAUCUUUCGCAAUUGUAUGUCAAUUGGGGCAAUAAAUUCAUGAAAUAGAAUGACAUUCUGUGAACAAUUUUGUCCUGUUGUUUUUGAUGGAGCGGAGUGAGCUCUUACUCCUGAAAUGUUUGAUUACCAUCCAAUUACAGCCUUCAGACGGAUAGAUACGGCACUACAGGGUUAAAUUAAGGACCAAGGGAGAAGAAGACAACACAAUUCCAUAACCAACCAUUGAUAUCGUUCCACAACUGUAUUUUCGCCAGUUGUAUGCAUCUAAACCAGGGGUGUCAAACUCAUUUCAUGGAGAGCCUAGUGUAUGCUGUUUUUUCUUUUUUUCUUUCAAUUAAGACCUAGACAACCAGGUGAGGGGAUUUCCUUACUAAUCAGUGGCCUUGAUUCAUCGAUCAAAUACAAGGGAGGAGCAAAAACCCACUGACACUCGGGCCCCUAUGGAACGAGUUUGACACGUGAUCUAAACCAACAAGUAGGGAGCUGGUGUGUAUUUCCUAGCACCAGUAUAUCUUACAAUACUCUUUUCAACAGUAAUAGAAAGAUCAAGGUAUUGGGUUGAAUUUCGGACCAUUUAAUCAUCUUAUUGCAACAUGGAGUUAUUAGCCAUCUAACACACGCGCAGGGUUGGAUGUCACCCAGUAAGUGGUAGUAGUUUAAUUCCUUUUGGUAACAAGAAAUGAAGCAAUGUAGCUUAGUCUUAAAUAAUAGUCAAGCUUUUUCUAUGACGAUCAAAAUUCAGCAUUUUAUGCCGUGGGAUUAACAUAUGACUUUUAGUCAAUUGUUUGCACAUGUAUGUGUGGGUGUGACAAAUGUGAGAGAGGCUAGGAAGGGUUGUCACGACUUCCUCCGAAGUUGGUCCCUCUGCUUGAUCGGGCAGCGUUCGGCGGUGACGUCACCGACCUUCUAGCCAUCGCCGAUCCACUUAUCAUUUUUCCAGUGGUUUUGUCUUGUCUUCCAUCACACCUGCUUCCAAUUCCAUCAAUUACAUGUUGUGUAUUUAACCCUCUGUUCCCCCCCAUGUCCUUGUUUGGAAUUGUUUGUAUAAGCAUAGUGCUUGUGCACGGUAUGCUGGUGAUUACUGAGUUUUGUUUGACCCAUUUCAUGUAUUGUUCUGUUGACGGUGGUUCAUGUUUCACUGAUAUAGGAAAAUUGCAUUUGUGUGUGUUAGGCAGUGGCGACCCGUCAUUCAGGGCAGGUCAUUUUGGUAUUGAUACGUGUCACAUAUCAGUUUGCAAACAGUGUACGUAAAAAUGAAAAAUAAAUGUCAUUUGAGUUAAUAAAGCCGCAUACAAAAAUA